GAGUGCAUUGCUUGAACUGAUCUCAUUAUGUUUGAUGUUUGUUUUAUUAGUUCUGAUUUUUUUUAAACAUUAACUCAGUGAUUUGUGGGUGGGUAUGUUUUAAAAUUGCUGUCACAGGAAGUGAUGUGGCAGGGAUGGGCUAAAGUUUUUUUUUUUUUUUUUUAGGGGUCAGUGAUCACUCGAGUGAAGACAAGAAUGGAAGGACAGACGGUCAGCAGCUGAGAUCCGGACUGAGGAGGCGUCCAAGGACUUCAUUUUAGUUGAUCCAACAUGAGACGUUCAACAACAAAGCUACAACCUCCAAUUGAAAAAUGGACCAACGAAGACGUCCGCCACUGGCUGAUGACAGAGGUCAAAGUUCACGAGACUUGUGCCGACACAUUCUGUGAAGAGGAAGUGUCGGGAGACAGUUUAGUUGCCUUUGAAAAGAAAGAUAUUUUAGAUUUAGGAAUAAAACACGGCCCUGCUGUCAAAAUCACAUCUUAUCUAGAAAGGCUUAAAGAAGGAUCACAACAUGAAUCACAGAUCCCGGCAUAUGUGGAAAACUGGACAAAGGAGCAAGUGACCCAGUGGCUACUGCAGCAUGUGAACGUAUAUAGCAAAUACGCAGAACGGCUCCAAGAGGAAGAUGUGUCUGGAGAUUGCCUCGUCUGCUUCAGGAAGCAGGAUUUUCUGGACCUGGAAGUGAAAAGCGGUCCAGCUGUAAAGAUUCUGGCAGAACUCCGUAAAUUGAACAAGAAACCAGAGCCGACACUGCAACCCAUCCUUCACACCAGCACCGACCAGAAAGAGGCUCCAAACCCCACUCAACCUGAACCGAGUCUGGCUCAGGCCAUAGCAACCAAACAAGCAGAAUCAUGUAACAAAACUGAAUCAAAAACAGAUCAAGUGGUGGAAAAUGAAUCUGAAAAGGCCCAGCAGCCACUCGAGAAACCUUCAGAGAAGCUGCCAAAGCCACAGAAUUUGGGGGCCAGGAGAAAAGAAACUGUUGGGACCACAGUCCUACCCGACAUACCCAAGAUCACUGUGGAGAUCCUGAACACCCUAGACAACCUUUCAAAAGAUGACCUAAAAAGGUUUCAUUUCAACUUAAAGCAAUACACUGAAUCCAAGUGUGGACCUAUUCUUUGGAGUAGAAUGGAGGGCAAGGACACAAUGGACACCGCUAAGUUAAUGACUGACCACUAUGGAAGCGAUGAGGCUCUACGAGUCACAAAAGACAUUCUAAAAGAAAUCAAUCAGCGUGAUCUUCUUUCUCAGCUGGAAAAGAACAUGGGUCAACUGGAGAAGCAGUGCCUUUCAAAAGAAGUUUUGAAGAAAGAAGCUAACCAGGGAGAGAAACUGAAGAAUUUGUUAACUUGUGGUGGGAACUUACUGGACAACUAUAACAGAUUUGUUGUUGUUGUAAACAAGAGCAGUCCAGAACAAGUGCAGUAUCUCCAGUUUUUGAGUAAGUUGAAACUGUUCUGUGUGUUAGACUUUGACCCAAACUCUGGUGCUAAAGAUGGACUGUGUCAUUCAUACAGAGAGUCAAGGAUGGCCAAUAUGCAUAUCCCGUCACAAUAUCAAGGACAGACAGACUCCGUGAUAAAGAACCUUAACCUCUACAAACAGACCAGCUGGGUCUUCUGCAAUGGAAGACAUGACCUUGACAGCGACUCAAACAAGGAGUUAGACUAUAAGAGCUGGUUGAGGAAAUCUUGCAGAGAUGUAGAGCAGUUGGUUUCAUUCAUUUGCAACCCUGAAGUUCUUCUCCGUGGAAGAAGUCUCAUCAUAUUCCUCCUACUUUCACCCGUGGACACUGAGAAAGACCCGCUCUUUGACACCUACAAGUCUUUCAUAAAACACAUUGAAGAGGAAAGCAUCAUCACUAUUUGUGCAUGUCAGAGCACAUAUGAGAAAUGGAGGGAGCUCAUACAAGAAAAGUGUGAUUUUGACAUUGACCGUCUAUCCAUAAAUGAACUAACCCUAAGCGAGAUCAAUGGUACUAUCAUGGCACUGGGACCAUUCAAUCAGUCAUCUGAAAGGCUGCUUCCCUCUUCUGGUUCCAGCGCCGUUGUCCUGAAACAGAAGGAUGAAGAGUUCAUGACUGCUCUGGAUAUUUUGUGUUUGAAUCAGUGUGAAAACACCUAUGAUGAAAACAGUCCAGAGUUUCAGGACUUGAAAAUCAAAGUUGAGGAGGAAUUCUACAGAGGCGGCAAAGUCAUAUGGUGGAACUUCUACUUCUGUGACAAAGACAAAGAGAAGCAAUUUAUCAAACGGGACAAGUAUGAAAAUGUAAAGAAGAUGAUUAGGUCUCAGUUGAAACAUUCAAAAGACAUGUGUGCUCUGCUCAAUCUGUUUCACCAUCCAGGCUGUGGUGGUACCACCUUAGCAAUGCAUGUGAUGUGGGAUCUCCGUCAAGAGUUCAGAUGUGCUGUGCUGAAAGACAACACACUGCCAAAGACAGAAGUUGCCAUCCAAGUCAGGAGGCUCAUGAAACUUGAAAGUGAGAAACCAUCUCCAGUUUUGCUGUUGGUCGAUGAUUCAAAAGCAACCGAGAAUCCUCACGAUCUUGUGAACUGCAUACAUAAAGCGGCAGUAGAGGAUGGCUUAAACAUAAAUGUGGAUGACGCACCAAACUGCAAAGUCAUCAUCCUUAACUGUGUCCGUUCCCAUAGCCCAAAGGAGCAAUACAAACAGCACGGUCCAAGUCAAAGUCAAUACAUAAUUAAUAAAUUAACACCAGACGAACAGAAGGAGUUUGAAAAGAAACUCAAAGAGCUCCAAGAAACUCAUGAAAAACCUGAAAACUUUUACAGCUUCAUGAUCAUGAAGAGCAAUUUUGACGAAAAAUACAUCAAUAACAUUGCUCAUAACACACUGGAGAACUUUGAUUUCAGCUCAAAGAAGGCCCAAUUGUUUGCCUUUCUAGCAUUACUGAACACCUAUGUGGCAGAAUCUGAAAUCUCUCUCUCUCUCUGUGAGGAUUUUCUGGGGAUGAAAAUUAUAUACUGGAGGGAGGACAGUGUGUUGGACAGAAUGAAGCCAUAUUCAAACUUUCUCCUCAUAGAUAGAGUUGAAGAAUGGGGAGGAUACAAAGGAAUCCGAAUCCUUCAUCAGUCCAUAGCAUCUGCGUGUCUGAAAGAGUUGGAGAGAAGCUACUAUUUAAAAGAAAGUGAUAUCACUAUGGAGAUUCUUCACUGUGAUCUGUUUUUCAGUGAAAGAGUUGUCAAACACAGCUUCAUGCUCUCAAUUCAACGGAUGUUGAUUGAAAGGCAGCGCAAGAAAGAUGGAGAUGAGAGAGAACCAUUUUCUCCUCUCAUAGAUAAAAUCCACAGCCAGCAAGGGAGACAAACUGUCCAAGACAUAUUUGUGAAAGCAUCAUCCAGGUUUGAAAAAAGUGCAUCUAUUCCUCAGGCACUGGCGAGAUAUUUGUACAUCAAUGAGCGCGACUUUCCAGAGGCUGUGAAAUGGGCUGAAAAGGCUAAGAACAUUAAAGAAAACCCAUACACAUUUGACACAAUUGGGCAGAUUCACAAAAGCAAUUUAAAAUCUAACAACCACAGAGAAAAGCAGGAGACAUCACGCAAUCCUGAAGACUUAAACACCAACAUUAAAAUAGCGAAUAAUGCUUUCAAAGCAUUUAAAAGGGCUCAAGAGCUGGCAAACACAGAGGAUGAAACUGACAAGGAAGGUGCUGAUGAUGAGUCUGAUGACUACCCCAGAAAGUCAUACAAUAUUUAUGGCUAUGUGGGUGUGCUGGAAAUUGCUUUCCUGGUCUUUGAGAUAUUGGGCAGAUUGCCAUUCUUUGAGGAAAGUCAUCCAAUGAAGAAGAUGUACUUGAAGAGUUUUCUGCAAAAAGCAAUCCCAAUCACCAGCGUGUAUAAGGAGGACAAUGAGAUCAACAACAGAUACGUGGAGAUCAUCAAAGAACACGAGCAGUUUCUCCAGAAUUUGAAAACUGAAGUAAAAGAAACGUUUGAAAUUAUUGACUGUUACUUCACGUAUAUAAAAGCGAACAGUUCAGAAUUUGAUACAAAGAAUCGCUGGACCGUCAGUGGUCAUUUUAAAAGGUAUGUAACUCUUUUUUGCACUGCACCAGAGGAGAUGAAAAAAGAACAACAAAACAAUCCUAAUCUCAAUUUGAAAAUCGAUACUGAAGAACGAAGAUUGUUUCUUGAAGAGAAACAUGCAGAUACAUUCGCAGGGAUUCUUCCGUAUUUGGACAGACCUGCCGAAGAGAUUGAGAGGAUCACAGAGUGCUAUGUAUUCUUGCAACAACAGCAACAAUUUAUCAACAAAAAACAAAAGACAAAGGAAACAAUCAAUUACAUUUUGUCAAGCAUAGUUCUUUACCUUGUGAAACCAAAAUCUAAACAUGUGAAGAAUUACAGCAACCUCUCAGCUCUCCUUUUGGAAACUCUCCAAGAUGUAGGACUUCGGUAUCCCUUCCCAGACCCAUACUACCUGUCUCUGCUGUUACUCUGGCCAAGUCCAACUCAGGAAAACACAGAAAUUGGGACAUAUGUGAGAGCAAUUCGAAACUCAUCUCGCAAGCGCCUGGGUUUGUUUCCAAAUAGGAACACUGUUGCCCACCUCUACUUGGGGAAAGGAGACGAACUCAAGAGGCUUGUUUCUAAACCCCAACUAGAUGAGAAUUUUAAAAAGAUGCGCCGUGAUACCUUGGCACAACUUUGGCGGAAUGGAGAUAUAUUUAAAGACAAAGCAUUUAUCAACUGCCUUCAUCGAGUCAGUGGAACCAUUGAGCAAGGAGAGGUGUUUGCCAAUUAUGGAAAACUGAAAAUCCCUGUGCGUCCAGCUCUCAUUGGUGGUAUAAGAAGUGGUUUCAGCACAGAAAAGGUUUCCUUUUACCUUGGUUUUGCUAUUAAUGGGCCCCUUGCUUAUGAUAUCCAGUACGAAAACUAGGGUAGUUGAUUGUGCAAACAAGUGCAACACAAGCACUUAGACACGAACCUCAUGCAUCAUGAAAAAUAGGUGUGGCAGCCAGUGACUCACUGCGAUGUAAGACAGAUUGCAGGGUUCAAUGUAAAUCCUGUAGCUCUGUAUAUGCACAUAUGUUUUUAUAUUCAUUUUAUGAUAUGAUCUUUUAUAAACAUGUCUUACCCACUUUC